ACCAGCCCAAGGCAUCAGUGUCCCCGGGAUCGUUCCUCAAACUGCAACCAUGCUGGCCUCAGGGCUGCUGCUGGUGGCUCUGCUAGCCUGCCUGUCUGUAAUGAUCCUGAUGUCUGUCUGGCGACAAAGGAAGACGUGGGGGAAGCUCCCCCCGGGGCCCACUCCACUGCCCUUCAUCGGGAACUACCUACAGCUGAACACAGAGCAGAUGUACAAUUCCCUCAUGAAGCUCAGAGAGCACUAUGGUCCUGUGUUCACCAUCCACCUGGGGACCCGGCGGAUCGUGGUGCUGUGCGGAUAUGAUGCUGUAAAAGAGGCUCUGGUGGACCAGGCUGAAGAAUUCAGUGGGCGAGGCGAACAAGCCACCUUCGACUGGCUCUUCAAAGGCUAUGGCGUGGCGUUCAGCAACGGCGAGCGCGCCAAGCAGCUGCGGCGCUUCUCCAUCACCACCCUGCGGGACUUCGGCGUGGGCAAGCGAGGCAUCGAGGAGCGCAUCCAGGAGGAGGCGGGCUUUCUCAUCGAGACCUUCCGGAACACACGCGGAGCCUUCAUCGACCCCACCUACUUCCUGAGCCGCACUGUGUCCAAUGUCAUCAGCUCCAUCGUCUUUGGGGACCGCUUUGACUAUGAGGACAAAGAGUUCCUGUCACUCCUGCGUAUGAUGCUGGGAAGCUUCCAGUUCACAGCUACUUCCACCGGACAGCUCUAUGAGAUGUUUGCCCCAGUGAUGAAACAUCUCCCAGGGCCACAGCAACAGGCCUUCAAGGAGCUGCAGGGACUCGAGGACUUCAUAGUUAAGAAGGUGGAGCAGAACCAGCGCACACUGGACCCCAACUCCCCACGGGACUUCAUUGACUCCUUCCUCAUCCGCAUGCGAGAGGAGAAGAAGAACCCCAACACGGAGUUCUACAUGAAGAACCUGGUGCUGACCACGCUGAACCUCUUCUUUGCGGGCACUGAGACCGUCAGCACCACCUUGCGUUACGGCUUCCUGCUGCUCAUGAGGCAUCCAGAAGUGGAGGCCAAGCUGCAUGAAGAGAUUGACCGGGUGAUUGGCAAGAACCGUCAGCCCAAGUUUGAGGACCGGGCCAAGAUGCCCUACAUGGAGGCAGUGAUCCACGAGAUACAAAGAUUUGGAGACAUGAUCCCCAUGGGCUUGUCCCGCAGGGUCACCAAGGACACCAAAUUCCGGGACUUCCUCAUCCCUAAGGGCACUGAAGUAUUCCCCGUGCUGGGUUCUGUGCUAAGAGACACCAAGUUCUACUCCCAUCCCAACGAUUUCCACCCCCAGCACUUCCUGGAUGAGAAAGGGCAAUUCAAGAAGAGCGAUGCCUUUGUGCCCUUCUCCAUCGGCAAGCGGUACUGUUUUGGCGAAGGCUUGGCCAGAAUGGAGCUCUUCCUCUUCCUUACCACCAUCCUGCAGAACUUCUCCUUCAAGUCCCCGCAGUCUCCCAAGGACAUCGAUGUGUCCCCAAAACAUGUGGGCUUUGCCACCAUCCCACGCACCUACACCAUGAGCUUCCAACCCCGCUGAGCAAGCCCAGUGCCUGGGCAGCGCAGGGGG